AUGAGGGGCUCGGGGAUGUCUAGACUUCUCUACCAGCUGCUGAUCAGCCAUCCUCAGUGUGCCAGGCCGGCCAAUCAGAACGUUGGAGGAGGAGAGGGCUGUUUACUUCUACAAAGCUCCUGUCCAGCUAUGAUGUCCGGAGGGUGGAGAUAACGCCGCCAGAACAGAGGAAGUUAACCUUCGACACACACGCUCUGGUGUGCGACCUGGAGACACAUGGGUUUGACAAAACUCAAGCAGAAACGAUUGUAUCUGCGCUGGCCUCCUUGACCAAUGCUAGUUUGGACACGGUGUACAGAGAUAUGGUGACACGGGCUCAGCAGGAAAUUACCAUCCAGCAGGUCAUGGCCCACUUGGACUCUAUACGGAAAGACAUGGUGAUUCUGGAGAAAAGCGAAUUUGCCACCCUCCGGGCAGAAAAUGAGAAAAUGAAGAUUGAACUGGAGCAUGUCAAGCAGCACCUCCUGAAUGAAACAAACCAGAUCCGGGCCGACACGAAACUGGACAUAAACCUGGAGCGCAGCCGUCUGACGGACUUGUUUACAGAUCAAGAGAAGAAGCUGAUGGAAGCCAGCACAGAAUUCCAUAAAAAGAGUACGACUACCGAUGGAGACAUCACAGAGAUCCACAAGAAGAUUGACAUAGACAUCGCUUCUCUAAAAAAACCCUCAUGGAGUCCCAUAAACUGGACACCGUCCGUUAUUUAGCUGCCUCUGUGUUUACUUGCCUUGCCAUAGCCCUGGGAUUUUACCGACUCUGGAAAUAG